UGUGGUAGCAACGGUAGCAACGCUAGAUGUAUGCGUUUGCACGUUGUAUUCGUUCCUCUUUAUGUGUGACAGCUGUAAUCAGUGAAAGUAAUUGAACUUUUCAGUCUAAUUUAGACGCAGAUCGUCCUUAAACUGGCGCGUUUGUUAAUUAAAAUUCAGAUGUGCACUUGAAAUGCUGGUAUAUUUUAUGUCACAGUUGCAGUGUUUUCUAUAUGGAAGUGUUUAAUAAUCGCAUGUCAAGUCUGUUCUCUUGAAAGUCGUCAACACCGCUUGUCGCGAGCUUUACGAUUUUCCUUCGUAAUAGCAAAGUAAUUAUUUAAAGAAAUUGUAAAAGAAACUAGUGGUCACUCAAAUUACAGGUUAAUAUUUUUACAGCCGUUAACUGGAAUAUCGGAGUCGAAUAAUGAAGGCCGUGUUAAAGAAAAUGCUUCAGAAUUCAGAGGCGCUGUUUGUUCUGUGGUACUUAUUCGAAUUACAGUUUUAAGGUGGACAUCAGUGAUGAACAUAUUAUUUAUAUGAUGAGAGCCUUCAUUCCUGCUGACCAAUACUGUUGUCAUCAGGAGAAAAUGAGGCCACAUUAAUGCAAUGUCCUUCAGCAUACUCUGGAUGGGAAUCUUCCUUCGGAAUUAAUCUCACAACUGUAGCAAUUCAACCCAGCACAAAUGGAUGAAGUCAAAGCUGAACCUGGCUCAGACACUGACACUAAACCGAUGUUCUUGGCAAGUGACCAUCAGUUGCUUGAUGUGAAUGAUGAAGGAGAAAUCCCAUUUCAUGUACUACAGAAAGGAAUUAAAUGUGUUGCAGAUUCAAUCAAAGUGGAACCUUGCUCAGAUUAUGAAACUUGCUCAGUGCUUUCAUUCAGUGAAGAUAAUGAGAAGGAAUAUCCUAUGCCGGUAUUUAUCCCUGUAAUGAAAUGUGAAGUGAAGGAAGAGUCAGGAGAUGAUGAUGCCGAAGUCAAGGAAGAGAUGAACAUUGAAGUGAAAGUACAAAAAAGUGAAAUGAGACCAAAUGGUGUGGAGUGGAUAUACAACAAACUGCAGGAUGUUUCACCUGAAACUGGUCACCAGCAUAAUUAUGGAAAAAAUGCUAGCAGACAGACUGCAAUCAAAAUUCCUGGAGAAAUCAGGCUUAGAAGGCGAAGAAGUAAUUCUUAUAUUCCAAUAAAGGUCAAGCGUCACAAGUGUCAGAUAUGCACUAAAGUGUUUUUUAAAAGUGAUUCUCUUCAGGCACAUAUUCGUACACAUACAGGGGAAAAACCUUUCAAAUGUGAAAUUUGUCAUAAGAGGUUUUCAGAAAGGGUGAGCGUCUCAAGGCAUCGACUAGUUCACACAGGGGAAAAACCUUACACCUGUGACAUUUGUCACAAGAGAUUCUCUCAGAGGGCGCAUUUGAACGAUCAUCAUCGCAUUCAUACGGGUGAGAAACCUUAUAAAUGUGAAACAUGCAACAAAGAGUUUUCGCAUAACGGAAACCUUGUGAAACAUCGGCUUUUACACACAGGAGAUAAAACUUACAAUUGUGAUGUAUGUCAAAAAAAAUUCAUGCGUAGUGACACGCUUAGAAAACAUUCCCGUAUACAUAUGGAAGAAAAACCAUUCAAAUGUGAUGAGUGUGACAAGAAAUUCACAUGUAAAUAUACGCUCAAAAGACAUUGUUUUAACCAUUUAGGGGAAAGACCAUACUAUUGUGAUAUUUGUAAUAAAGUGAUCUCAGGAAAUGAUUGCAUUAUACACAGACUUUUACACAAAGGUGAGAAACCUUAUCCUUGUAGUGUAUGCAAUAAAGGGUUUGCACGUAGUUCACAUCUUGCUAGGCACCAGCUUAUUCAUACAGGAGAAAAACUUUACAACUGUGAUGUGUGCGGCAAGAAAUUCUCUCAGCGGUCACAUCUGACUGAUCAUUAUCGUAUUCAUACAGGAAUUAAGCCUUACACUUGUGAUAUAUGCAGUAAAGGUUUCUCACAGAGUGGAAAUCUCAUGACACACAGACUUACACACUCAAUUGAGAAGCCUUACAGUUGUGACUUGUGUAACAAGCAGUUCACACAUAAAAAUGGCCUCAAAAAGCAUUAUCAUAUUCAUACAAGAAAUAUUUAGGAGAUGCGUAAUUGUAUAAACAGUUGAUAUGUUCUUGGCUUGUUUAAUAAUUUCAUAAGUUUUAUAGUACUGCAACUCAGAUAGUUGAAAAUGUUGUGUAAGAAAACAGUCAAGGCAUAUUACAGGGUACUGUAUCAGCACUGGCUGGGGCCUGAGCAUGACUGUAAUGUGCUUGGUAUAGCCAGAGUCUGCACCAAGAUUUGAUCUUGGAACCUCUGGGGACUGAAAUAGCCAUGGUGACUGUUUGACUGUGUUUGGUAUCUAUAAAGGAAGGAAGCAUUCAGAUGCAUACAAUGUGAAUGAACACUCAUGUAACCUACAGUGUCAGUUUACGUUUCUCACGGAAAGAACAAUGAUAUGCACAAUAUAUUGCAUGUAGCGUCACUUGUAUCUUGUAAUGCAUAGUCUUUUGGGACUACAACCUUUAGUUGCCUGUUACCUUGAUCAGAUGUGGGUAUACCCACUGAAAACCUUGAGAGCAUUGGGUCUUUACUGUUGAACAUCACAAGAAGCAUCAGUCUUACAGGCUGCCAGAAUGCAAGGCAGGUAUUGGCAGGCUCUCCAACUCUGGACAAAUUGUCAUUAAACCACCUCUUCAUUAACUUUCAUGAAAUGGAAUAACAAGGCGAAAUGAUCUUUAAAUGAAUGUGUUCCACAAAUGCAGAAGAGGAGGUUCAUCUGAUGUAAAUGUGUAUAUUGUGACAUUUUGUAUGUGUCAGUAAAUUCAAAAUCAUGCUGUUUUCCUGUGUUUGCUUACUCUGUUUCACUCUGUACAGUAAGAGUUAUCUCUGGUUCUGUCUCUUUUCUCAUAUGUGUUUGACAGUUCAUCUGGUGUCAACCACCAUUUUCAUUAGUCAGUGGUUUCUUAAUAUUGAGCUUAAAAAGAAAAUCUCUAAAAAUUUAAUCAGAUUAAUCUUGCAGAUGCUUUUAAUUCAUGUUGAGUAUGGUGUCCCUACAGUAGGAUAUCUUUUUAAUUCACAUGUGGGGGGGUGGAGUCCAGUUGGGUCCACUCAGCAUGAUGGCCACAGAUUUGCC